AUGCUUCCGGAAUACAUAAUUGAGCCAAAUGCUAACGAAUCGAGGAAUAAAGAGGAAAGUCGCAAAAAAGAGAAGCAGCCCACCCUGGAAGUCCACACAGCGAAGGCAUCCACUCCAGUACGCUCAAACGAUGAGAAAAAGGCACCUUCGCAGCGGCUGCCAACGUGCAAAAGGAGGCGACUGAAAGCCUCGAGGAACAUAGCGCAAGAGAACCUUCUCGGCAGUUACCUGUUGAUAAAAAGGCAGACACGGAUAAGUCAGAAGCCAGUGCAAGAAAAACUUCUGAAAGGCGUAGAAAGGACUAUGUAUUCGCGGCCCUCGAAGAAGAUGUUGACUUGA